GAGGAUUGUGUACACGCACAACAGUGUUCGUUCAAAAGAAGUGCUAAACCAGACUGGCCGAAAAGCGAAACCGCUUCGUACAUCCGAUUUAUAUAUUGCAUAAUAAUUAAUUGACUACACAUUACGGCUCGAAAAUGAGUGAAGCAAUAACAUCGAAUGGUACCAGCUGUGGCCGAACGGUGCGCAGUAUAGAGGAAAUAGAAAUUCCCGUUCCAUGGGGUGUUGUUGCAGGCAAAUGGUGGGGCUCACGAGUUAAACAACCCGUACUAGCAAUACACGGUUGGCAGGAUAAUGCCGGUACAUUCGAUCGGCUUUGCCCUCUACUGCCUCCAGAGAUUCCGAUUUUGGCCAUCGAUCUACCAGGCCAUGGCAAAUCAUCGCAUUACCCGAAAGGAAUGCACUACUUCAUUUUCUGGGAUGGAAUCACACUCAUCCGGCGCAUAGUAAAAUAUUACGGGUGGACAAAAUUAACUCUACUGGGACAUUCGUUGGGUGGUGCGUUGAGCUUCAUGUACGCUGCUAGUUUUCCAGAUGAGGUAGACCGAUUCAUUAGUAUCGAUAUUGCUGGGCCAACUGUGCGCGAUCACCAUAAAACGGCUGCCAGUACAGGAGACUGUAUUGACAAGUUUUUGCACUACGAAACGUUACCGGAAUCGAAAAUGCCCUGCUACGGGUACGAAGAAAUGAUCGAUCUAGUGUUAGCCGCUUAUGAUGGUUCGGUAGAUUACGAUUCGGUCGAAGUGCUGAUGCGGCGAGGUAUGGCUUUAGCACCGGCACAUUUCAACAAGGAAGGAUAUCACUUUGCCAGGGAUCUUAGAUUAAAAGUAGCCCUUUUAGGUAUGUUUUCGAUGGAACAGGUGCUAGCAUACGCGGAACGUAUAAAAUGUAAGGUACUAAAUAUUCGUGGCGACCCCGGAAUGAACUUCGAUAAUCCUGAAGUGUACGCGAACGUGAUGGAAGUGUUGAAGCGAACGGCUUCGAAAGUAGUGUAUUAUGAAAUUGCUGGAUCGCAUCAUUUGCAUCUAGUGACGCCCGAUAGAGUAUCGAAGCAGAUUAGCGAAUUCCUGUUAGAAUAAUUUCAUAGCACUGGUGGAUAUAAUAGGCUACAAUUGUUAUAAAACUAUAUACAUACACCAACAAGCAAACAUAGAAAAAAAAACACACACACAGAUGAAAUAUCAAUCUCCGCUUUUCAAAACAUUCAAGGGAUAGAAUUUGUCAGUCGUUUUAAACGAUCUGUUUAACAUACUCCUAGAUGUUAGUUUAGUAAUUUUAUUUCAUUCCCUGCACAAUGGCCACAUCAUUUGUUAAUGGUUCAUUAUGUUUAGCUUUUAGCAGUAAUGGGUGAAAGGGACGAUUAUGCUUACGGAAGAAAUGUUUUUGAAACAUUUGAGGUUGCAUAAGAAAUAAAAGAUAAGUUACAUUUUGAUUUUUCAUUCAU